GGAGUGUUUUGGGUGUUACGCGUCAGAACGCGGAAGUGAAGCCGCCGCUCUCGGCUCUGUUGAUGUUUUCGCGUCUCUCUCGCCUGAACGCCGACCUGAACCCGGAGCCAUGGCGGUGAGCGCGGUCCACCUGGAGUCGGACGCCUUCCUGGUGUGCAUGAACCACGCGCUGAGCACCGAGAAGGAGGAGGUGAUGGGGCUGUGCAUCGGCGAGGUGGAGGCGUCCCGCAUCGUCCACAUCCACUCCGUCAUCAUCCUCCGCCGCUCCGACAAGAGGAAGGACCGGGUGGAGAUCUCCCCGGAGCAGCUGUCGGCGGCCUCCACGGAGGCGGAGCGGCUGGCGGACAUGACCGGCCGGCCGAUGCGCGUGGUGGGCUGGUACCACUCGCACCCGCACAUCACCGUGUGGCCCUCCCACGUCGACGUGCGCACCCAGGCCAUGUACCAGAUGCUGGACCAGUGCUUCGUGGGCCUCAUCUUCUCCUGCUUCAUCGAGGACAAGAACACCAAGACGGGCCGCGUGCUGUACACCUGCUUCCAGUCGGUGCAGGCGCAGAAGGGCUCCGAGUACGAGCGCGUGGAGAUCCCGGUUCACGUGGUGCCGCGGGAGGCCAUCGGGAAGGUGUGCCUGGAGUCGGCCGUGGAGCUGCCGCGCAUCCUGUGCCAGGAGGAGCAGGACACGUACCGCAAGAUCCACAGCCUGGCGCACCUGGACCCCGUCACCAAGAUCCACAACGGCUCGGUGUUCACCAAGAACCUGUGCAGCCAGAUGUCUGCGGUGAGCGGGCCGCUGCUGCAGUGGCUGGAGGACCGGCUGGAGCAGAACAAGCAGAGCGUCCUGGAGCUGCAGCAGGAGAAGGAGAAGCUGCUGCAGGAGCUGGCGGCGCCUCUGGGCUGCUGAGGGCUGGAGACACAGAACCAGGACUGAGUGCUGAGUUUGGCUCAUCUGGUUUCUCACCACCCAUGGAGGAGAAAGUUGACUUUACUUUUUGGUGCAGAGUGAAAAGUGUGUUUAACGUUGGCUUUAAUCACAACUUUGCCAAAUGUCUGACACGGAGACAGAUGAGUUUGGCUCCUGAAUCUGUUAUUAUUUUACUUUUAGUCCACCACUCUCGAGUCUUUAGGACGCCAGGACGUGUAUGUAAAAGAUGGAAGUGGCCUCUGCAUCCGAAAAGUGCCUUAAACCUGCGUUCCUUCCUCCAGCCAGCAGGGGGCGACUGUGGUUGUCCGAUUUAUUUAGACGUCUAUGAGAGAAUGAGCCACUUUCUCGCUUAUUUUGUCACCUCUGUAAACAAUAUUCAAACGAGAUUACGAUCUAAAACACUGGCUUCGAGUCUCUUUCAGUGCAGCUUGAUGUUUAUUUGGUAAUUUUUUGCUCCCGUUCAAGCUGAGACGGCAACAACGAAACGCCGAAGAGCUUCCACAAACCCCCGGGUGACGCCGCCUUUCAUGCACAAUCUGUGAGAAUGAUAAACGUUCAUUACAAAUUCCCCAAAGAAUGUUGAAUUUUGUUUAAAGGUUGAUCUAAUUGUGAGUUUCUUCAAAACAGAAGAGCUGAGCGGUGUUGUCAGGUUUGCUUUGAUUUAAUGAUUAAACUUGUUGUUGAUUUAUCACCAAACA